GACUCCUUCCCUCCACAACCCCGAGCUCCUCUAGAGAGGUCAGCAUGGCCUGGGCUCUGCUCUUCUGGGCGCUGCUCAGCUAUUGUGCAGCUGUCAGCGCACAAAACAUCCUCACUCAGCCUCCUUCCCAGUCCGUGUCUCCAGGGCAAACAGUCAAACUCCCCUGCACUGGGAGUGGUGGAGGCAGCUGGUAUAAUUUUGGCUGGGUCCGACAGCAGCCUGGGCAGCGUCCCCAGUUUGUGCUGUAUGGAAGCAGCAGGGGAGAAGGGAUCCCGGAUCGGUUCUCGGGUUCCAGCUCUGGGAACCCCAACUAUCUAACCAUCACCAACGCCCAGCCAGAGGAUGAGGCUGAUUAUUACUGUGCUGCCUGGGAAAACAACAGCAAGGUGUAUCACAGUGGCAUCAGCUCCCAGCCUGUGCUGACGCCGGGUCCUCCCCCGUCAGCCGCUCUCGGCGGCACAGCCAGAUUCUCCUGCAGCCUGAGCAGCGAGCACGCGAACUACGCUAUUGGAUGGUACCAACAGAGAGAUGGGCAGGUGCCUCGGCUUUUGCUGUACAGUGACACCACCAGACCCAGCGGGAUCCCGGAUCGCUUCUCCGGCUCCAAAUCAGGCCGUGAGCGUUAUCUGACCAUCACCGGUGUCCAGGCGGAGGAUGAGGCCACCUAUUAUUGCGGUGUUGGUUAUAGUGGUAGUUACUCACUGUGGUACAAUUGCAAGGGGAACCAGUACAAGAACCUCUUUUCAGAGGCAAAGCGGGAGGCAGCCCGGCCAGGACUCCUUCCCUCCGGAACCCCGAGCUCCUCUAGAGAGGUCAGCAUGGCCUGGGCUCUGCUCUUCUGGACCCUGCUCAGCUGUUGUGCAGCUGUCAGCGCACAAAAAAUCCUCACUCAGCCUCCUUCCCAGUCCGUGUCUCCGGGGCAAACAGUCAAACUCCCCUGCACUGGAAGUGGUGGCGGCAGCUGGAACUAUUUCAGCUGGUACCGACAGCAGCCUGGGCAGCGUCCCCAGUUCGUGCUGUAUGGAAGCACCAAGGGGGAAGGGAUCCCGGAUCGGUUCUCGGGUUCCAGCUCUGGGAACCCCAACUAUCUGACCAUCACCAACGCCCAGCCAGAGGAUGAGGCAGACUAUUACUGUGCUGCCU